CAAGCCAGGCUAUAUAAUGCUGCUGGGGUCCCCCAGCACCACCACUCUUGCCUCCGUGCACUGCCAGCCAACGGAAGAGCUGCCCAUGACCAGCCAGCACAUGGAGACCCUGGGUCAAUUCAAGAUAACCGUCUGGGAGGAAGAAAACUUCCAGGGGAAGCGCUGUGAGUUUCUGAUGGAGUGUCCCAGCAUCAUGGAACGUGGCUUCCGCAAGAUCCGCUCCAUCAAGGUGGAAAGUGGCCCCUGGGUGGGGUUUGAGUACCCUGAAUACCAAGGACAGCAAUUCAUCUUGGAGAAAGGAGACUACCCUCGGUGGGAGGCCUGGAGUGGGAACAGUGGCUACAGGACCGAGCACCUGCUCUCCUUCCGGACUAUCAAGUGUGCUAACCACAGUGACAGCAAAGUGACCCUGUAUGAGGCAGAGAACUUCCAAGGACGCAAGUUUGAGCUCAGCGAUGACUAUCCAUCCCUGCAGGCCAUGGGCUGGGGCAACAAGGAGGUGGCUUCUAUCAAGGUCAAUUCUGGAGCAUGGGUGGCAUAUCAAUACCCAGGGUACCGGGGCUACCAAUAUGUCCUGGAGCGGGACAGACAGAAUGGUGAAUACAAAAAGUACAGCGAAUACAGCACCCAGGCCCACACCAACCAGAUCCAGUCCAUCCGCCGUGUCCAGCACUGAGCUGUGUCUUAGCAGCAGCAGCAUUGGCCCUCCUGCACUCCACCAGCACCCCCCACACCUGCCUCUGCGCCCAAGGGCCCGCCAAGCAGUAGACCUGCACCUGGUAGCCAAUAAAGGCAUUUACCAAACCCA